CUCCACACCAGUUGAGGAGCGGCGGCCACCACAAUCUGAGCUCAGUGAGAGUCGAGUGAUAGAUAGAUAGUCCCGCCUGGCAGUCAAGUUUCAGACGGACCUUCCAAGGAAGAUCGUAGGACUGUGAACGCAGAUUUCCUUGUUGUGUCAGCCUUAAGAGAAAAUGGCCAGGAGGACAUCAGCGUCAAUUGGCGCGUUGCUGCCGCUGCUGAUAUCAGCCUUUUGCCUCUAUGUGGCAGAUGCAGAGGACAUACAGUGCACAGAGGUUGGCCAGUUCAGUUCACCGGGUUCAUGCGAAGAAUACUAUGAAUGCACGCUCUACAGAGGCAGGUUAUAUCCGAGACUUGCAGUAUGCCCAACUGGAACUAUGUUUGAUGAUAUUCUUCGUGAAUGUACUCCGACUGACCAGGUCACCAGUCCCCUUCGGUGCGUGCAGGAAGAAAUACCUGUUGAGAAUAUUGCACUUAAUCCAUCCAGUUUAGAACAUUCUACCAUCUGUGACCGUAUGAAUGCCGUAGAAGGCUACACCACAUUGGUUACCACUACUCCCCUUAUGCGUGAGUCUUUUGCCCAUCAGGUCCAGUACAAUAAGCACAUCGCUCAUUACAACAGGGAUCUGGAAAAGGCCCAGAACAAUACAAUCCCCUGGAGAAAUGGUGAUAGUAUUUUGAGUGGCCUUAAAAAUGUUUACCACAAGGCCAAUGCGUAUAAAGGGGAAUUUCAAAGGAAAGUAGCUAUAAAUAAGAAGGAGAUUCAGGCUUUGUCUACCCGUGAGCUGAACCAGAAACAUCUCGACAGAUUGAAGAAAGACAUCCAGAGUCUACAGAAUGAGAUCAAGGGUGCUCAAGAAGCUCUUGCAGUUACAGAUGCUGCUGCUGUGCGGCAGUACUUUGAAGGUGUCAUCACCUCCAAGACUCGGGAAAUUGAACUUAAGCAACAGCAGAUCAGUUCUUAUUCUAAGGAAGGGCUUAUCCUUAAUGAACUGAGUAACUUCCUAGGCUUCGUCAGGGAUGACGUUGAUGAGGUUGGAGAGCUGGCUAUGCAGUGGCAGUUGCAGUUGACCUCUCUGUUGGAGAACAUUGGCAGUGAUGCCGAUGGGUACGACAGGUAUGCAGUCAGGAUGGGGGAGGAUAUCAAAAUUUUGACUAGAGAAGAAGCUGUCAUAGAGGAUGGCUUGGUAGGAGUUGUAGCUGAAGAAAGGCGCCUGGAAGGAGAAAAGUCUACUCUAAAUGGUCAGCUUAAUACCCUAAAUGCUAAAAACUCUGAGAUCAGUCAGCAGGUCGCUGAGUUAGUAUUUGUGAUGCAAAAUAAAACAGACACGUUCAGUACUUUGCAAGCUCUCUCUGCAGAGUUGGUGGCCGAAUCUCAUCCAUGAUCAAUGAAAAUUCAACUCAACUCGAGGUCGAAAGAGCAUGUAAUUUGAUCAUGCAGCAGGAAAAUGU